UCACAGCCGCGAUGUGUCACUUCCACGGAUAAACGACGGAGCUCGAGCAAGUCCCGUCUCCAGCGCCGCUCCGGGAUAAUGUGCGUGAGCUCCCGUUAGCCUCGAUCAGCUCCCGUGUUCGCAAAACUACCGUCGGUGUGGUCCUUUCCAAUCUGGGGAUGGGGAUGUUCUCUCCGGCGGGUACCGCGUCCCUCGCCGCGGUGACUUUGGCGCUGCUCACCGUCGUCCUCUGCUCUUCUCCGGUCGGUGCAAAUGAAGACUGCCUGUGGUACGUGGAUAAAAACGGCACCUGGCACAACGGCUUCGACUGCCCGCUCAUCACGUUCUGCUGUGGGAAUUGUCACCGGCGCUACUGCUGCCUGGACGCCUUCAAGAUGAUUACAGAGAGGGAGCAGAAGCGCUGCAUGCUCUUCCAGUUCAGCCCCACCACUCUAGCUGGCAUCGCCUCCUCCAUCCUCCUGUUUGUGGCCGUCAUUGCCACGAUGGUGUGCUGCUUCAUGUGCUCGUGCUGUUACCUCUACCAGAGAAGGCAGCAGAGGGGCAGGACACCUUAUGAGGUCCAGCAGAUCCCCAUGGCCAGCUACCCACUGGAGCCUAUGUACGACGCUUAUGGAAAACCACUAGGACCCUCUGAGUAUCCGCAUGCAGGUUAUCCAAUGCAGGUCCAGUACCCUGGAAUGCCCCCACAGUAUCCGAUGAUGCAUCCUGGACCGUAUCCACCGCACCUAAUGGAUCCUGCUUACAGCCAGGCUCCUCCACCGUACUCUCCCCCUCAGUAUCCUGGUCAUUGAUGAGCUCAUCUCCACAAAAACACAGUGGGAAUAACAGCAGCUGAGAGAAAUGACUGUUUUCAAGAGGAGAAGGAAGCAAGACUCAAACGCACACACACACACACACACACACACACAGACACAUACACACACACACACACACACACACACACACACACACACACACACACACACAGAAUCGCUCAAACAAACACUACAGCUUCACUAGCAGUGCUUCACCUGUGAAAGAGAAAGAAAGGAGGCACUUUAAGAUUAUUUUUUUUCUGUCCUACUUUUCUGGAAUAUUUACGUAAAUCGAAGUAGGCACGCCGUUCCCCAAAAGCGAUGAGGUAUCCGGCUGGCGUCUCGACUCUGUGCGGCCACCUCUGGUGACCUCAGUUGUGUUAUCUAAAUUACAUUACAGAAGAGGGGUACAAAGGCAUUUAAAACAAUGAUAAUGCACGUCCUUUUUAUUUAUCCCAGUGAGAAAUGCUUUACUUCUUGCUUUUAUUCAAUUUGAAUAGAUUGAAUAGGGAACUGCCCCAAGACGACAUUCCGUGUCAUCUCGGUCACUAUUGCGCAUUCUCCACAUACGAGUACACGAUGUCUUCAUACCUACUUCAUCUGUAAUGUGGUAGAGGCUAAUGUGAAAAUAAAUGGGAAAUAAGGGAAGUGUGUAUGAUGUGAAACGUCACAUGUUUGGUUAAAGGCAUAUAUGAUGUGAUACAGAUGUUUUGGUUCUCCCAGUUCUGUGAAAACGCCUUUAGUCACAUGUUAGAUUCAUCUCUGUCUCUACUUCUUCUUUAUAUUUGACUCUGCUGAAUACUUCAUGAUAAUGUAUUAGCUGCACCGCUCUAUUGUAACAUCUUAACAUCAGCAUGCUACCCAUUCAAAAUUAUCUUUUUAAAUGUUUUCUGUCUCCUCCUGCUUCUUAGAUAUUAUUCUGAGCAUUGACCUCAUAAAUGCAGGUAGUACGAUUUACAAAGGUAUUUUUUUUUUCUUGGAACAUAUCAGGUCAGGGGUCGAGCUGCUUCAAUAAAGACAAAAUGUCCGGCCUUACAAUAACUAACCGUGAAGGUGAAAAAAAGAGAUUAACUAUUUAAAUACAUAUUUUGUAAAUUUGUUCUUAAUUAAUUUCAAACAAUGUAUUGUUAUUGUAACAUGAGAUAUGACGUUUUGGCAUCUUUCCAUUUGGUAUUUAUUAAUCAUGAAAGUUUCCUUGUACUGUGAAGGGUUUUCACUUUCUGGACUAAGCUGCAAAGCCAAAAAUCUCUACUUCGGAAAAGUAGAUUUAGCUAUUCACCUCUUUUUAAAGGUUUGACAUUUUGGGAAACAUACAUAUUUCGUGUCUUGUCAAGAGUCCGAUGACGAGACUGAUGAGACUCAUGUUAAAGCGGAAGAAGAUCUUUAAGUAAAGAGUUAAAUUUGUAAAGGUAGUAUAAUGUAGUAGAAGUACACAAAAGUAAUUCUGUAUUUAAAGGACAUUGUUGUUCACACAUUAUUCUGAUAAGUAAAAUCAGAUGAAUAGUCAAAAUUAUCUGCUUCUGUUGUGUUACUUAUUCACAAGAGUUCUUUACUAAAUGAAAAUACUCUAAAACAGAUUUAAUAGUAGCCUAAUAAUAUUAAUUCGCCCCAUGAUUUAUAACCCCAUCAGCGCUUAUCUAUCAGCUCUGCUAUUACAAACUUAUUUUUACGAUAUUGCAGCACCUGUAUAGUGCAGAUGGGAGAAUGCAGGUAUUUGUGAAUUUCCCAAAAUGUCAAACCAUUCCCUCAGUUUAUUUUCAAAUUUUCUACAGAUUAGGGCUCCAGUGAGGUCAGGGCCUGAACCUGUAAAUUAAUUCAUCUGUUACCGGGUCUAGUUUAGCAUCUUGUGCAGACAACAACAGCCCCGUGCCCUUGUAACAUGUAUGAACUGUAGAAUAUGACGUCUCUAGCAUGUGUUGUACAUGUGUUUGACUACUUAUACGUUAUGCCUGGAUUAUCUUUACUUUUGGUGUAAUGUCUCUCAACCUUUAAGUCAAACAAGGCACAUAUUUAUAAAAACAUACUGACUGGAGAAGUCUGGUCUUUCUUACACACAGUUCCCUGAGACGUAGUGCUGUGUCUUGUCUCUCCUCUAAACCAUGCAGUGAAUCAGAUGACAGUUACUCCUGUUAGUUUACAGUAAACUAUUUAUUCCGAUGGUGACGUCCACGUGUACAGAUCUGUUGAGCCUUUGUAAAGCACAUCGAGAACACUGGACUUUUCUUUGGCAGAUGCUUUCAUCCGUAGUUUCACCCGACAAGAUGUUUCUGUUUAUUUGUGCUUCUAAACCAACUCAGUUUGUGUGUUAAAUGAAACUGACACCAGUUGACAAAAUGACUUGUCUAGAUGAGGCUGCUUUUGUCUGUUGUCAUAUGGAUGUUAUGACAUUGUAAUAUAAAGAGAUCGAGUGAAAAAGUUUUUAUUUCUAUUAACAUAAAAUUUAACUUUGGAAUGUAAAGUACAAA